GUGGCGCUACCAGGCUCGCUCAAGACACUCGGCCUGCAGCGAUCCUUUCUGUCAGUUUUAUGCUAGCAGUUCGGUUCUACCUGCUGAGUGUGUGUCAUUAUGUGGCUGUCUAUUUAUGGUUGUAUCUGUAUAUGAUCAUAUGUGCGUCUAUGAGAAGAUUUAGAGUUGCCUUCUGCUGCUGCGGUUACCUGCAGGCCUGCGCAGUGCAUCGCGGCGAACGGGCACAGAAGAGGAGUGAUCGGUUGGCCACCACUGCCGCAGGGCAGCUCGGAUGCAAACGCGCAACCCGUACUUAUUAGUUGUUCGGUUCGACCGACCCACGCUGGCCAUGACGACAUCGCUGACGUCAGCAGGGCCUACGUCACAAUGACGUCAUGAAAUCACCUCCGUUUUUCGGGAAACGCAGCGACGGCUGUUGCUGGAGAAGUCGUUGCGAAAACUGUAGAAUUAGAACUCCACGCGCCUCCGGGUUACUCUGCCGCUUGUCUUUUACUCUACUUGUAUGGCUAAGGCGGCCAUAGCAGCUGCAGUCACGAAUACAUUAAUAGUAGCACUCUAUGAGGAGAUGAAAAAUGAGGAAGAAAAAGAAGAUCAUCGUCAUUCUGGAAUUCGUGGUGCGGGAGCGGUGGCAGCAAAAACGGCCGAAAUUUUGACACCCCCUCCCCCUUUCACACUCCUGAUCAAAUCACCGUAGGCACAAGCAGAAGGGUAGGCAGGCAGCACCACCACAACGCAUUUUUCGGGUUAGUUGCCUGCUUUAUCUGCGUCUUUGAUGACGGUGGUCCAUCCGACGCACAAUUUGCAGUUGCAACACGCAAGCUGAGGCCAUUUUCAAAGUGCUUUUUAGUCAUUUUGGCCUGAAUGGUACGUAAGGACAAAGUUAUUUCGAUAACUCGAUACGAUGUCACUUUAGAUCAGUCAAUAUAGCCUCGAUAGACUUUAAGCUAUGUGGAGCCUAAUAGAAAAUAUGCAUUACCUGGACAUUACUGUUACAUAUUGAAAAGGUCAAGUGUCCUGCCGGAGAGAUCUGUUCGAGAAACUCAGGAGGAUUCUAAACUGUACGCGCUCUUCGACGAAAGUUACUUCGAUGGCAAAUGAAGAGGAAGUAUUACUAUUAUUAUAAAGAAAGAUUGUACCCUUCAGCGUUAACACACGUCCACGGAGCUAGUUUCCUGGCCCUCUCUGAGAAUGACGAAGUUUUGAUUUACUUUAGCUUCUCGAAAAUUCGCCGUGAAAUUUAGCAAAAGCAAGAGCACGGAUGACAUAAUAACAAAAUGAACAUUGGCCAACGAAAAAGUUCGGUGACAUCAAUGGUAACGUCUGCGAAUCGUAUCUCGCUGAUGGGUUAGUUGGCCGCCUGUUGUUGAUGACACUGGGGCUGAGUAUAGUGGCGCGCGUUGCCAAGUGUGUGUAGCAGUUUGUCUACCGCCCUAUGAAAUUUGAGGGUGAGUGUGCUAACGGCCAGUGGGCCUAUGGCCAAGGAAGGCUACAGCAGCUCAAUCGCUGUUCUGCCCAAGCAGGCCGUGCGAAAGAUUGACCAUCAGUCGUUUGUAGUGCGUGAUUUUGUGAGGAUACCGUUACUUUUUCCCGUCUUCGUUCUAACUCGCAGGGAUGUUGCUUAAAGUGAGAUCACAUCGAAAUGAUCUCCAACCGACGGCGUACAAGACGAACGCACUCUUGUCGUCGGUAAUCUCGGCGGUGCCCGGAGUUGAUGUUGGCGUUGGGCUUGGGGUCGGAGUGGCUCUAUAUCCGAACUCGGUUCAUUCCAGUCGCCAAAAUAGCCUCUCUACGUUAUUUCCGCGUCCCUCGAAGGGCACCAUGCUUCUUAUAGAGAAGUCGAUCCACGCGAAUAACUCGCCGUUUGUCCCGCAGUGCUCGCUCUCGCAGCCGCCGCAGCAGCCCUUCGUGUGUGAUCACCUCGACGUUGAGGCCGAUCUGGCAAACUUUGUCAGCGAAGAGGACCUAAAAAUUAAUCAAACGGCCCUUGAAUUUCUAACGAACGAGAGCACAUUCUUCGAAAUGUUCCAGGAGCCUUCGAACACUAGCCAGAAUCCUGGUGCAGGAACUAGUAGUGAUGCUCCUUCUGCUACUGUUACUAGUAUUAGUCAGCCACUCAUUAUGCCGAGCUCAGAGUCAAACUCCCACAUGGACAUCCAGCUCCCGAGCUUUGAGGAGACUUAUUCUCCAUCAGGGUUCAGAAGCAAUUGCCCUGAGGGGGCGGACUUCUCGUUUAAAUUCGAAGAUCCCGAUCUGUUUGUUGCUACUAGCCCAGAUAUGCCAACAUCAAGCUCCAGUUUGCAAAACGAUUUUGGUUCGUCCGGAACCUCAUCGGGAUUUAACAAGCCUCGUCACUCCGUGCCUGGUUAUAGCUCAGACAAUACGUCAUUUAGUUCUGGUUCGAGCGUUAAGUCGUUCAGUGGAGAUGCAACCCCGCCACCCCCAAUGACGCCGCCAUACGCCAUCCCUAGUCCGAUGCCGAGUCCUAGUCCAACCUGGUCACGCCGGUCAUCCUUCGCUUCGACAGUUUCGAUGAGUUCGCCUCUUCACGAAACCGCCACAUCAUCCCGUCGAGGUUCGACUCCAUCACCAGCAUCGUCGGCCUCAGGACCCAUUGUGGGUCAACAUGGCCAACAACAGCAACAGCCUCAUCCGCAACAGCUGAAAAAGAAGCCGACUCCGUCGUUGCUGUGCGCGGUCUGUGGCGACAGCGCGGCCUGUCAGCACUACGGCGUUCGCACUUGCGAAGGCUGUAAGGGCUUCUUCAAGCGCACGGUACAAAAGAACAAUAAGUACGUGUGUCUCAAUGACAAAAAAUGCACCGUUGACAAGAAAAGAAGGAACCGCUGCCAGUCUUGCAGGUUCCAAAAGUGUCUGGCCGUUGGGAUGGUUAAGGAAGUCGUCCGUACGGAUAGCCUCAAAGGCCGCCGAGGACGCCUUCCCUCCAAGCCCAAGCUGAGUUUACCCGCAAUGUCUCCAACAUCAGCGGGGCCCAGCGCAGUGUCAGUGUCACCCUCAUCACCUGCCAGUCUUAUUAGCCAGCUGCUUCAGGCGCAUCUUGAUACCUCUCCUGACAUGAGCAAUCGGGACUUCAGUGUGUAUCAGGUUAUUAAUAACCAAGAGGACUUUCCUCGUACACCAGAAGAAGCUCGCCGCUUCUACGAUCUGUUAACUUCAUCGAUCGAAACUAUUCGUCGUUUUAUUGAACGGAUCCCCGGAUUCUCGGAUCUCAUUCAAGAGGAUCGAGAGCUCCUGUUCACCUCGUCUAUUCUCGAGCUCUUUGCAUUACGUGUGGCCUUCCGCAUGGUACGGAACGGACUAGAGGGUGAACAGCGUUGUGAACAGGUGACACUAUGCAACGGCACCGUCUUGCAUCGUUCGCAGGCUAAACGCGACCUAGGAAAUUGGCUUCUUCCAAUCACGGAAUUUGCUAACUUCCUCGAACAGCUGGAUAUCGACGUGCCCGCUUUGGCUUGCUUUGCGGCAAUUGUCGUUACUGGAAACGAUCGGCCCGGUUUGAAGGAACCAGAGAAAGUGGAACAGCUCCAGAUGAACAUGAUAGGCUCCCUGCGGGAGCACUUGACCUACAACGCUCAGGCGAAACAAAACCCGCACAUUUUCUCGAGGCUGUUGGCAAAACUUCCUGACUUGCGCAGUAUCUCCGAGCAGGGCUUGCAAAGGAUUUUCUACCUGAACCACGAGGAAUUGGUGCCUACGCCACCGCUCAUCGAGAGCUUGUUCUUGACAACACUACCAUUCUAGGCCACACAGGUGGUAGGCCUGCGCCGACCUUGGAUAUUCAACCUUGUACUGCCUGCGGGCGCCGGAGUGUUCUCCGGCGUCGCUCCGCAGUCCUCUCUCAACAAUCGACAUACACGCAAACGAUAUGCGAAUUAAAAACGAAGAAUAUAUUAGUUUUGAAUAUGUGCACCAGGCCUGGCCGCCUGGUCACCGACGUAUUCAAAAGCCAUGUCCCGGGCUGCGCAAUGCGCAUUCGAAAUUGAUGGAAGCGCUAGCGUUUGUCUGUACGCGGUGAGUACUUGCCCUUCCGCGAGUCUGUAAGCCGCCACAUUCAGGGCCCUACACCGCUUUGAAGGCGUACACGUCCUUCAGGUCGCGUUGCGUAUUAAACACAGCACAACUGAACGCACUGAGCGACCUUUUAAUGCGAAGCCCUCAGCUGGUGCCAGGCGCUGACAAGCCUUUUGCUCCUCUUCCAGGGCCCAACCAUACAGGGCAGCAAAAACAUUUCGCUACGCCGCCUGUGGACAUGGCGUAGCAGCUCCAGAUCCUGAUGCAACCGGAAUAAUAUUGACUAAAAUAACAAGCCAUUAAACAUACCAACUUCAAUUAAAGCAGAAACAUACAGACGCCGAUCUCUUAACUCUGAGACUGGGUAAAAAUUUACGAGCGGUCAGAUUCAAAACAAAAUAGUACUUCUUGAUAAUUCGUGAUUUUGUAACCGAAGCAUGUGUUGGCGGCAUAAUUGGAAAUUUGAUUAAAAAAAAACAAAAAAAAAAGAGCAUAAAAUGUACAGUGUUCAGACAAGAUAGUUAAAAUCAAAAGGAAAAUAUAUUUUAAAAAAGUCGGCUGGAAACAAAGUAUAAUAAUUGCUUUAGUUCUUUUUCAGUUGAUCUGAUUACUCGAAACUGCUCAAGUAUACUCAGCGUACUUAGUUUUCCUGUAGCGUGAAAAAAAUUGAAAAAA